AGCUGUUCCACCUAAACAACGCAAGGAUCUCAGAUGUUACAUUAGUACAACAAACGGGUUGAUUAAAAGUCGUCAAAAUGAAGUGUGUUUUUACCCUUGCAGACAAAGCCUGGGCAGGUUCUACCCUACUGUAUAAAUGGCAGAAAGGUCUGGGUAAUUAUAUUGCUGUUGCAGGACAUGACCACACUGUGAAAAUAUUUGAUCGCCAUGCACAGCAAAUAAAUGAAAUCAUUCUUCCAGGGCGCUGUGAGGGGAUGGACUGGGAUAAGAAUGGAGAUAUUCUGGCAGUGAUAGCUGCAAAAUCCAGCUUCAUCUAUCUGUGGGAUGCAAGUGUCAAUAGAGCAUCACAGAUAGACAGUAGCAUGAAAGAACAGAUGUCCUGCGUCACAUGGUCAAAGACUGGAGCACUGUUGGCUGUUGGGACAGUGAAAGGAAACCUGCUGAUCUACAAUCAGCAGACCUCACGCAAGAUCUCUAUACUGGGCAAACAUUCCAAGAGGAUCACCUGUGGGUGUUGGAACACACAGAAUGUACUGGCCCUUGGAAGUGAAGAUCACUCAAUGAGCAUCAGCAAUCAUGAGGGAGACACCAUCAAACAGGUAACACUACGUGGUGAGCCCACAGAUAUGAAUUUUUCUGUGAUGAAGACAGACGAAAGGUCCGCUCAAGGAGAGAGCACUGUCAGUGUGAUUUUGGGAAGGAAGAUUCUGAUGCUUUUCAAUAUCAAUGAACCUGAAAACCCCAUAGAACUGGGCUUCCGUCAAACCUAUGGAAACAUUGUCUCCUACCGAUGGUAUGGUGAUGGGUAUAUACUUAUCGGUUUUGCCAAAGGAUAUUUCGUAGUUAUUUCUACACACCUCAGUGAGAUAGGGAAUGAGCUCUACCAGGCUCGUAACCAUAAAGACAACCUCAGCAGUGUGGCAAUCUCAUCAGCAUUAAGCAAGGCUGCCACUUGUGGAGACAACAGUAUCAAGCUCCAUGAGCUGUCUGACCUCAAAGAUAUCAGCAAUGUAGUUCAACUGGAAGAUGAAACAAAAGGCCUGGACCAGCUGAGUUGGACAGAUGAUGGCCAAUUGUUGGCAGUUUCUACCCAGAAAGGAACACUCCAUGUCUUCCUGACAAAGCUACCUAUCCUGGGUGGCAGUUUUGGUACCAAGCUGGCAUACCUUACGUCUUUGUUGGAGGUCACUGUCACCAACCAGGUGGAGAAGGAGCAUCCUGUGGUCAUAACAGUGGAAGUGGAGCCUACUUUCAUUGCAGUGGGGCCGUACCAUGUGGCUGCAGGAAUGAACAACAGAGCAUGUUUCUACAGCUUGGUAGACCAAGACCCAGGCUUUACCAAGCUGAAGGAUGUGGAGUACUUGGGAACAAUUAGCAGCAUGUGCCUCAACUCUGAUUAUGCAGCAGCGCUGUUUGAAGGAAAAGUGCAGCUGCACAUGAUCGAAAGUAUGGACCAUGAGGAGAAGCAAAUGAAGCUGUUUCCCAGCAAUGACAAAAAAGAUCGGAUCGUUUGCCACGCGCUCACUCCUGACUUCCUCUACUAUAGCACAGAUUUAGGUAGUGUGGUGUGUGUCUUGUUGGAGGACGGACAGACGGUGAGCAGCUACAGCCACCCGGUGGGUGUGAGGAAGGUGUUCCCUGAUAUCAAUGGCACAUGGCUAGUCUUCAUUGAUGACAAGAAUGGAGGCUUCCUGUUGUACCCAGUAAAUGCAACAGAUCCCUAUGAGCUUCCCGACUUCUCUCCCACCAUCACAGGAGUGUUGUGGGACCACUGGCAUGCUGACAGAGGCGUGUUUGUCUCUUUUGACGAUGACAAGGUUUACACUUAUGCUCUGCAUAAAACAACAAUAUAUGGCCCUCGGGUGGUGUUAGUUGGCAGUACUGCCCUCCCUUUUGCCCAGAAGCCUUUGCUCUUGUACAAUGGGGAGCUGACAUGUCAGACAGCAAGUGGAAAGACCAGUGACGUAGCACUGAGCACACAUUCAUUCCUCAGUCACUCCUCCAGCAUGCCGUCUGAUACAUCACAGGACGUCAGCAAGCAAAUCGCACAGGCACUCCUGCUCAAGAGGUUCCAUGAAGCGUUUGAUCUCUGUAAGUCUGCAGGCAGUCAGGAAGACUGGGCAGAAAUUGGACAAGCCUGUCUGGUACAUUUGGAAGUGCAGCUGGCCAUUGAAGCCUACCGCAAGAGUCGCAAUGUAGGCAUGGUUCUCUCAUUGCAGAGCAUCCAGGGAAUAGAGGAGAGAAAUUUGUUAGCAGGUCAUUUGGCCAUGUUUCUGGAGGAAUAUAACUUGGCCCAGGAACUCUAUCUGUCCUCAAGUUGCCCCAUUGCUGCCCUGGAGAUGAGGAGGGACCUGUUGCAUUGGGACACAGCGCUUAAUUUAGCCAAAAAUUUAGCAAAAGACCAGAUUCCUUUUAUCUCCAAAGAAUAUGCUGUGCAUCUGGAGUUUAUUGGAGAUUAUGUGAAUGCGUUGGCACACUAUGAGAAAGGCAUGAUUCACGACAGUAAAUUCCAGGAGCAUGAUGAGGCUUGCCAGGCAGGUGUAGCUAGAAUGUCCAUCCGGAUGGGGGACAUCAGGAGAGGAGUCAUCCAAGCUAUUCAGCACCCAAGCAGAGUCCUGAAGAAAGAAUGUGGAGCCAUACUAGAAAGCAUGAAGCAAUUCCCUGAGGCAGCUCAGCUUUAUGAAAAAGGCCAGUAUUAUGACAAGGCUGCAUCAGUUUAUAGUCGAUGCAAAAACUGGGCAAAGGUCGGAGAGCUGCUCCCACACGUCACCUCUUCUAAGAUGCAUCUGCAGUAUGCCAAGGCCAAAGAGGUGGCCGGCAAGUAUGAGGAGGCAGCACGCGCCUAUGAGAGUGCCAAAGACUGGGACAAUGUGAUCCGGGUGCUGCUGGACCAUUUGAACAACCCUGAUGAUGCUGUGCGCAUUGUGAGAGAAACACAGAGCAUUGAUGGAGCAAAGAUGGUUGCCAGGUUCUUUCUCCGGCUGAAUGACUAUGGCUCAGCCAUUCAGUUUCUGGUACUUUCUCAGUGCAAUGAUGAAGCCUUCCAGCUGGCACAGCAGCAUGGGCAGAUGGAGGUCUAUGCCGACAUCAUCGGAUCUGAAGCGACACAGGAGGACUACCAGAGCAUUGCUCUGUACUUUGAGGGAGAGAAGAAACACCUGCAAGCUGGAAAGUUCUUUCAGAAGUGUGGCCAGUACAGUCGGGCCCUGAAACACUUCCUGAAGUGUCCCGUCUCUGAUGACAGCCUUGCUGUUGGGAUGGCUAUUGAGACGGUGGGCCAGGCCAAAGACAGUUCUCUGACCAAUCAGCUGAUAGAUUACCUCAUGGGUGAAAGUGAUGGAAUCCCCAAGGAUGCCAAGUACUUGUUCCGUCUAUAUAUGGCGCUGCAACAAUACAGAGAGGCAGCUCGAACUGCCAUCAUUAUUGCCAGAACCGAACAGACUGAAGGGAGUUACCGUAAUGCCCACGAUGUGCUGUUCAGCAUGUACACUGAGCUGCAGGCACAGAAGAUUAAAAUCCCUGCAGAGAUGGCCACCAAUCUCAUGAUCCUGCACUCCUACCUGCUGGCUAAGAUCCACGUAAAGAGAAAAGACCACCUAAAAGCAGCACGCAUGCUAAUUCGUGUGAGCAACAAUAUCAGCAAAUUUCCAACAUAUGUUGUGCCAAUUCUGACGUCAACGGUGAUCGAGUGUCACCGUGCCAAGCUGAGGAACUCGGCUUUCAGCUUUGCUGCCAUGUUGAUGAGACCGGAAUACCGCAGCAACAUCGACUCGAAGUACAGAACCAAAAUUGAAGACAUGGUUCGCCGUCCAGAUACAUCAGAACUCGAAGAGGAAACGACUCCGUGUCCAUUCUGUGGCUUCCAGCUUCCACAGACUGAGCUGCUGUGUGUCUCCUGCAAAAACAACUUGCCCUACUGCAUCGCCACAGGUCGACAUAUGCUGAAAGAAGAUUGGUCAGUUUGUCCUCACUGUGAAUUUCCAGCUCUUUAUUCACAAUUCAUUCUGUUACUGGAGACGGAGACCGUGUGUCCGAUGUGCUGUGAGCCUCUAAGCGCUCAACAGCUGAAGAAGAUCACGGACUCUUCCAAAUACCUGCAGACUGAUGAAGUGGAACGUUGAUGGACAAAACAUCAUGUGUGAAUAUUUUACAUCACCAAAAUAGUUUAAUUGAAGAUGGGGACAAAAACUACUAGUUGGGUUGAAGGCCUGUUGGCUGCAGCUCUUAUGUUCACAGGAAACUGUACAUUCAACUGGAAUGUUUAUGUAAUAUUUACAUUUUGUGUGCACACAUAAAUGUGCAUUUGAAUAAGCAGAUGUCCAUUUGUCUGGUCUCUCAAAAGCUGUGGCCCACAUACAAAAUCCUGCUGUAAUUUCUACACAGGUCACCUGAUUUGGAUAUCAAAAGUGAUGAGCCCUUGAUCUCAAUCAUUACCUGGUUUUAGCUUCCAUUUUCUAAAUUGCAACCAUACAGAGAACAUCACAAAAGAAUACAUAAGUGUAUAUUUAGUCAAAAGUUAUAUAAUAACUGAUCACCUGCAGUUUGUCUCUCUGUAAAAUAUUUGGAAAUGUUGAUCUGCAAUAUAAAUCCACUUGGUGAAUAUGCUAAUGCAAACCUCAGGUAGUUUUGUACCAGUAACCUUUUUGCUGGAUGAAACAGGCACUAGUCAUUCACUAGAACACAGAUAUAUUUCUCUAUUAGUCCUUUUUUUUUUUGUUUUACAAAAUUGAAAUUUACAACAAAUGUCCUGAAGUCAUUUCUGUUAAUUAA